AUGAGCUUCCCACCUCUUACACCAGCUAGACCUGUGCCUGGCACUUAUUUUCAGACACCAGCGCCGUCGCACGCCCAUGGAUCUCUACUUGCCAAUAAGCCACUAUCCUCUCCGGGAACCCGAACCUCACCCACAGGUGGUUUGGUUCAGACAAUGGGCAACAAAACCGUUUCAUCGAGUACAAAAAGCAAGGCCGAGACGAUGAGUCCACGAGAACGGGGAGCUCGAACGAUAGAUGAUGCUUUGGCUCAAGAUUCGCGAUACCUUGAUUUGGAUAGCUACCUUUCUCAGGGAUUCUCUUCGAAUUAUGACAUUCCCUCCUCCACGUCGUGGGCGCCCUUUCAAAAAAUAAAAAUGUACAAUAUCCCGGACCAAAUUUUCGAGCAAUAUAACCGAGCGCAAGUUUCGACGAGUAUGGGGCUUUUCGCGGAGCUGAAUCAUGCGUGGGUGACUAUAGACAACGCGCUCUAUCUAUGGAACUAUACACAUCCAAACCCUCAAUUGAUUGGAUUCGAAGACCAGCCGAAUAGCAUCAACGCUGUGAAGCUUUCACGUCCACGCAAAGGGGUAUUCCUGCCUUCAAUAACUUAUGUCAUUGUUAUUGCGACCACGGCAGAAAUUGUACUUCUCGGUUUAGGAUGUGAAGAGGCUGGCGCGUCCAAGGUUGUUACGCUUUAUCAGACCGGAAUGUCGACUUCCAUUCGAGGACUUGAUAUUAACGUUAUCGGAUCUUCCGACACAGCGGGGAGAAUCUUCUUCGCUGGCUCUACGGACAACGAUGUGUAUGAGCUCAAGUAUCAACAAGAAGAGCGUUGGUUUCAAGGAAGAUGCACAAAAGUAAACCAUACGACGAAAAGCUUUGCUGCAUUCGCUCCUCAAUUUGCCCUGGCACAUAAACCUCAAGUUUUCGUGGAACAGAUCAUAGUCGACGACAGCAGAAAUCUCCUCUAUACGCUCUCAUCGAACUCAUCUAUACGAGUAUUCCAUUUGAAACCGGAUGGAACCAUGAACCUCGCUAUCACCAAACAUGCCGUUGAUAUCUACGCAAACAUUGGCCACAUCAUACCCUCAAACGAGACACUCAACGCUAGAGUCAAAAUCGUCUCGAUUAGCCAUAUUCCCGCGGAAGAAGCCUCAAGGUACCAUCUCAUGGCGACGACAGCAACCGGCUAUAGAAUUUAUCUUAGCGCUACCGCUUCAUAUAGUUGGUCAGCGACACCGAGUGCGACCAACGCUCCCACCAGCAUGCAAGCGCAGCACGUCAAAACCCCCCCUCCCGACGGCCCGAUGGCUCAACCCAUUCAAAAUGGGACACUCCCUGGAUCCCAAUUCCAAGGAACGGUUAGCUCUAGAUUUCAGAUACAAUCUUUAAAUCCUACUCGAUCAGCAGAGCGUUUCCCUCCCGGGUAUUUCUUCUGUUUUACUGCGAAGGACCCCCUCAACCGGGUAGAUACUCUUUUCAUAACGGCACCAGAUUCUGGGCGGCUCGCUCGUCCCCAGGAAACGGGGCUUCCACUUAAGCCGGGUGAAACCGGUCUCUGGCUCACUUUGGGUAGUCGAGCUGAGGACAUCGGCGUCAGUACACCCGCACUUGGCCCUCAGACCAUUCCUGGCUUUGGAAACGAGCUCGCUAUCCAGUUUGACCAGCCAGCGGCGGAGAUUGCGAUUUUAACGAAUACGGGAGUUCAUGUUAUUCGACGGAGGAGACUUGUUGAUAUAUUUGCGUCUCUUAUCCGUAGCUCGGGCGGCGAAGAGGGACUUGAAACACAAGUAAAGACGCUCAUCAGACUCUACGGUCGCAGCGAAGUACUUGCUACAGCAUUAGCAGUUGCCUGUGGCCAAGGCGUCGAACUUUCACCGGACUCUCGGUUGUCGAAAAUAAACGAUCCGGAUGUCCUAGAAUUCGCACGAAAGGUUUUCAUCGAAUUUGGCGGAAAACCAUCACUAGAUGAGAAUGCUGUGACUGAUGGGACCGCUCUCGCAAUUGACGCAGUUAUUCCGUCGCCACGACAUGCUGGCAUUGCCCUUUACACCUCGAGGCUUCUGAGGUCAAUUUGGAAAACAGUUAUUGUUAAACAAGAGCGUACGCCCGCCGGUGGCGUUUCGAUAGUCCCAUCUGUGAGCGUAUCGAAAUUGCAGUCGAUUCAACGUGAUCUGUCGGCGCUGCAGGAAUUCUUCCGUGUCAAUAAGACUUUUAUUGAAGGUUUAAGCGGCCCGGAAGCCCUAUCAAGGGCAGCUACAAAGCAGGAAGAAGUCGCUUUACAAGCCGAACAUCGUGCUCUUCAUUCCCUUGUUCAGCUUACCUCCCACACCAUCGAAGGCAUUUCCUUUAUCCUUGUUCUGUUCGAUGAACGUGUCGAAGAUACCGUGGCGUUAUUGCCUGAAGGGCCGAAAUCAAAGUUCCUAACAUUAACAUUCGAACAACUCUUUAGUAGCCCUCAAGGCCAUGAAGUUGCGAGGGAGCUUGUCAAGGCAAUCGUGAAUCGCAACAUUACCAAAGGCUCGAAUGUCGAAACCGUUGCAGAAGCCCUCCGACGACGAUGUGGCUCGUUCUGUAGUGCCGAAGAUGUUAUAAUCUUCAAAGGCCAGGAACAGUUAAAGCGGGCGACGGAAGCAGGAGCUAACUCCGAGUUUGGUAGGAAUUUGCUGAACGAGAGCUUGAAUCUGUUUUUGCAGGUGUCUGAGACCCUGCCGAUGGACUACCUUCAAUCUGCUGUUCAACAAUAUACUCAAAAUCAAUUCUUUGCCGGUGCAAUUCAAUUAUGUUUAAGCGUUGCAGCCGAUUCCGAUAAAGCCAAUCGUGCAUUGUCCUGGCUGAUGGACGGUCGCCCUGCGCAGGACCCCCGUCAAGCCAAUUUCGAGAACAGGAAACGAUGUUACGAACUGAUUUACAAUGUCAUCACCGCAGUUGACGACCUCGCCAGCAAAGAACCCGAACUCAUAGAUGGGCAAUUUACGGCUGUCACCAGGAGGAAAAAUGAAGUCUACGGUGUUAUUACAAACUCACAGGAUGAAGUUUUUCUCACCAGCCUUUACGACUGGUACCUUGAACGGGGCUGGAGUGACAGGCUCCUGCAAACACAGACUCCUUUUGUGGUCACAUAUCUUAAGAGGAAGUCAACCGAGGACAUUUUCCACGCCGACCUGCUGUGGAAAUACUAUGGGCAAUCAAGUCGGUUCUACGAUGCCGCUGCUGUACAGCUACAACUUGCCCAGAGUCCGUUCCCUCUUCCUUUGAGUCGACGAAUUGAAUACUUAGGUCAAGCAAAUGCCAAUGCCUCGACAAUCAGCCACAAUGUUUCCCGUGCUGCUCGGCAAAGAUUGCAGCAAGAGAUUUCAGGGCUUUUAGAUGUAGCGAACGUUCAAGAUGAUUUGCUUCAGCGCCUUAGGGAUGACACCAGAAUCGCAGCUGAGCGAAAGGCCGAAGUGCUUGGGGAAGUUGGCGGCGAAAUCAUGGAACUCAGCACUUUGUUCAACGUUUAUGCCGAUCCUGGCGGCUAUUAUGACAUCUGUCUUCAAAUCAUGUACCUUGCCAAUUACAGGAACACAUCCGAUGUUAAGGCGGCAUGGGAGAACCUCAUCAAAGACACCCAUGACGAUGCAUCCGUUAAGGGCACUCCUCUUCCAUACGAAGCAGUCAUCGAGAAAGUUCGCACGCUUGCUAAUCGCUUAAGAAUGUCCGAAAUCACAUUCCCCGUCCCUAUCCUUUUACCAAUGCUUGAAAAGUAUGUUCUCGAACGGCAACUUGGUGUCGGUCCACAGACCUGGGUGAUCGACCUCUUCCUUGAUCUCCAGGUCGCGCAUGAGACACUCUACACGAUACUCGAGUCGAUGUUUUACAAUGACGAGGUGCCUUUCCAGGGUCGCAAUCGGGUAUAUAUCGGUAACGAUCUUGUCUAUCUGAUCUCACGAUGGUAUCAAGAAACCGUUCGCAUUGGUGGAGGCGUCUUUGGGAGCCAUGUGCUCGCUAAUCGGGUCUCUGAAAUGCUGCUUUUGAUUCAACAGAGUGGAGGGGACAGGGAGAUAAUAGAAGUUUGCAGAGAUUUACGAAUGCGGAUCGAGCAAUCCCUACAAUGA